GUCGACCUCGACGCGUGCGAGCGUCGGUACCUCCUCGUCGGUGGAAUCGACGGCAGCGUGCGCGCGUACGACACCGAAGCCGCGAAUCGCGCGGGCGCGAGCGGGACGGCGAGCGGGACGGCGAGCGGGGCGGCGGCGACGAGCGAGGAGAUCGGACACACCUACGCGACCUCGUGCGUGCGAUGGUUGCCGAGUGAUACGGGGAUGUUUUUCUCUGGGUCGUACGACAAGACGGUGAAGUGUUGGGAUGCGAAUAGCUUGCGCUCGGCGUGCGACGUCGAGCUGCCGACGAAGUGUCGAACGUUGGCGCUGAGCGACGCGGCGACGACGCACUCGCUCGUCGCGAUUGGUUCGGACGAUAACGUCGUGCGAUUGUGGGAUCCGGCGUCGAAUGCGAUCGCGCACACGCUUUCGGGGCAUCGUGGAAGCGUGCACGCGAUCGAGUGGUUACGAUCGAACGAGCACGCGUUGGCCACGGGCGGCGCCGAGGGCGACGUUCGGUUGUGGGAUAUUCGAAGCGCGGGGGCGUACAUGAUUUUGGACAGGCACAAUACACAACCUAGCGCGCGUGUGGACGCCAUCAAGGAUGCGAUGUACGCCGGCGCGAGCACGAGCGGAACUAUUGAGGCUGGGCCGAAACCGGCGUCCAGAAAGAUGGCGGAUUCCAGCGCGAGAGGUCGCGACGAACGCGAUGACGCCUCGCGAUCGCGUCUGUUCCCCGCGGGUGACGGUUACUCGUCUAUUCCCGCUCCCGCGCACGACGGACAAGUGAGCGGCUUGAGAACCACGCCGUGCGGGAUGUUCAUAGUUUCCACCGGCGCCGACGGUCGCAUUCGUCGCUGGGAUUUAUCCAAUGGAUUGAACACGUACACGCCGUACGACUCCGCCGGUGCCGCGCCGACGGCGAGCGCGUGCCAAAUCGCAAUCACGGCCGACGGCGAGCGUCUGUACGUCCCUUGCACCGACACACGCGUGCGCGUCUAUCGCACGCACACCGGCACCCUCGACGCAGAGCUCAAAGGCCAUCUCGACGACGUCGUCGCGUGCGCCUACAAGGAUGGCGGCGACGCCAAACUCUUCACCUGCGGCAAAGACGCCAACGUCCUCGUCUGGGCCCCC